GCCAAUCAGCUGCUUUCCCCUAGUCCCUGAAAUAUAAACAUCGAGUUUUUACGAAAUGGUGCGUGUGGGCCUCCAAAUAUCCGCCACGCUGGAGAACGUGGACAAGCUGGAGACCUGUCACCCGGACUACUCCUUCUUCCUGAAACUGAAGUGCAGCAACUGCGGCGAGCAACCGGACAAAUGGCACGACAUAACCGAAUCGGAGCGCGUGCAGCAGGAUUCGCGCAAUACGUCCGGCUUUAACUUCUUCAUGAAGUGCAAGAUGUGCAGUCGCGAAAACAGCAUCGACAUCGUGGAGAAGUCGAACGCUCCUUACACGGCGGAUGACUCCGGCUCAUUCAAGACCAUCGUGAUCUUCGAGUGCCGCGGCGCAGAGCCCGUGGAUUUCUCGCCCCGCAUCGGAUGGCGGGUCUCGUCCGCUGAAAACGGCCAGCAGUUCGAGGAGGUCGAUCUUUCCGAGGACGAUUGGGUGGAGUACGACCAGAAGAACAACAACUCUGUGGGCAUCUAUGAGUUUUCCUCGAAGUUCAUCAAGCUGAAGAAGUGAUUCUGAGCGAGGGUCGUUUUUAUGCAUUUUUCAUGGUUUAAACUUAAAGCCUUCCUUUAGCUGUUCGUGAAGAUGAGAAACGGACUGAAGAGAAAAUAAAAUCGGAGUUUGAACAGUUUUAGCACCAUCAGCAAUUCAA